CAGAACGCCUCAGUCUGAGGUUGAGCUUGGCGCCGGCAACCCUUAUUUCCCACAAAUCAACAAUCGUUCCUCUGUUAUUCUGCACUGUUCCUCGCUGCCGAUCCAUCCCUCUCUCUGUCUCUCCUCCUGGAUUCGUCUGUCGAGUCACCGUCGAUCCUGCUCCGACACCGUUCCCGUGCAGAAAGAUAUGGCGGCUGCUGCAGCCCAGGCUUACAAUGGCAACUUGAAGGUUUGCAAGGCAAAACAAGAUUGAGGGAGUGUGGCAUGCUGGGGUCUUUUGUCACUUCAUUUAGGAAACUGUCAACUGAGGAAGGCCUUGUAACAAAUACUGUGGUUGAGUAUAAAGCACUAGCUGGACUUAGGCGUAUCAAUUUGGAAGGUCUCCGAUGGAGAGUGUUUGAUGCCAAGGGGCAGGUCCUUGGGAGGUUAGCAUCCCAAAUAGCUACUGUAAUUCAAGGGAAGGAUAAGCCAACUUACGCACCUAAUCGUGAUGAUGGCGAUAUGUGCAUUGUGCUCAAUGCAAAGGAUAUUUCAGUUACAGGGAGGAAAAUGACAGACAAAAUCUAUCACUGGCAUACAGGGUAUGUGGGCCACCUUAAGGAACGAAGUUUAAAAGAUCAGAUGGCAAAGGAUCCUACAGAAGUUAUACGCAAAGCUGUUCUACGCAUGCUUCCUAGAAAUAAAUUGCGUGAUGACAGAGAUAGAAAGCUGAGGAUAUUUGCUGGGGGCGAGCAUCCCUUCGGUGACAAGCCAGUUGAACCGUUUAUCAUGCCUCCUAGACAAGUACGAGAAAUGCGUCCACGUGUAAGACGAGCCAUGAUUCGAGCCCAGAAGAAGGCUGAGCAACAACAGGGCUCUAAAAAUACGGGAAAAAGCAGAAAGAAGGAAGAAGAUAAGGCAGGCGUGAACGUUUGAAGGGGAAAAUGUGUACAAAAUUAAUCAUGGAGCUCAUGUAUCCCGCGCCACAAAAUUUUUUUUUGACUGUGCCAUGCUUACAUCAUGACAAUCUUUGGAAAAUUAUUUUCGUAUUAGAACAUGAUGUUUGAUUGUAUUCUGACUAUGUGGCAAGGAAUAUAGGCUACUUUGGUCUCCGUUUCCCCUGUUUGAAGCUGCAAUUGAUGCUGAUUGAUAUAAGAUGAAUGGAUCUCUGAUUCUGUGGCGUGAGAUGACAAUUACUAUACAA